AUGCCCCGCACUACCGCUCUGCACUCUCCAUCAUCUUGGCCCCUAGCCCGAUACCGCCUUACUGGUGCUCUAGCUUCCGCCUACGGUAUACGUUUGGUGUUCAAAGUUAUGCCCCGCUUUUUGAACACUCAGACAGGCCAGUUCGUUUGGAUGGGCGACCCUCGCACCGCCCGCUACGCAAUCCUCUCUCACACUUGGAGAUCCUCGGGACACGGGGAAGAGCAGUCCCCGGAGGGUACGUCUAGCAAUAUCGAGCGCAACUCCUUUUUCUCCCACCCCGAGCUGUCCAGCAAGAUCAGCGGCAUCUGUAAAGUCGCGCGCGACGCGGGAUACGAGCUCAUCUGGAUCGACUCUUGCUGCAUAGACACUGCUAGCAGCGCGGAGCUCUCCGAGGCCAUCAACUCAAUGUACGAAUGGUAUAGCCGUGCCGACAUAUGCUACGUCUACCUCACCGACGUCCCCGAUGGCGAAGAUCCGGCGGCCGAGGCGUCGGCGUUCUUGCGAAGCAGGUGGCAUCGACGAGGAUGGACACUGCAGGAACUUAUCGCGCCGAAACACGUCGUCUUCUUGACCAGCAGAUGGAGUUUCCUCGGUACGAAGCUGCAGCUAGCCUCGACGCUCUCGAAGGCCACGGGUAUCGACAUCACCGUAUUGACAGGUGUGGUGAGCUUGGAGUCGAUCAGUGUCUCCCGACGCAUGUCAUGGGCGGCCGAUAGGGAAACCACACGUAUCGAGGACGAGGCGUACUGCCUGUUGGGAAUCUUCGGGGUUCGCAUGUCUCCCAUCUACGGCGAGGGACGCCAUGCAUUCCUCCGACUCCAGGAGGAGAUCAUCCGCACGAUCCCGGACCAGAGCAUCUUCGCUUGGGGACCCCGUCACGUCGAUCUAUUGACUUUGGACACCGCUCGCACGCUUCCGCCCAACAUCUGGCAUCCUUGCGAAGAAGGUCUCCUCGCUACUUCUCCCCGCGACUUCGUAUGCGCGAACAAUAUCACCCCCCUCUCGAUCUCGGAGUUUGCGCAACAUCUCGGACGAGCACAAGACAUCAUCCCCCCGUUACACUGCGUCUUCACUCCCCAGGGCGUCCGCGUACGACUUCUUUGCGUCGACCUCGCAUUGUUGGACCAGGUCAUUCCCGCCGUCAUGCAAACGGGGGCCGGAACGAGGGAGACCAGGCCUUGUGAUGAGUGCAGAGGCCGAGGAUUUGCGCACUAUCUAGGGAUCCUGCAGUGCGUGGACAGCGCCGGGUCACUUGUCGCGCUUCCCCUAUGUCGCCCGCGGCCUGGCCCCCGAGAGCAUGGCUCUCUAGUCGUCACGACUCACAUCACCUGCGGAGCCCUGAAUCACGACCCCUACCACUCCGUACGGCUGGCGAGGACUCUCAUGAAGGGCGCGUUUCCGCUGCUUCCGGUGGAGGUGUUCAUCUGCAGGACCACGCCCCCAGCUCAUACCUCGCAUGUGUGGUCUCCUAUGGCAUCUUGGGACCGCUGCGGGAGGCCUUCUGCCAUUCGCAUCGCUCCGUGGUGUAGAGAUGAUCUUCGAGCCCUUGGUUUCGGUAUGUCUCCUGUGGACUGUCGCCUCGAACGGCUAGCAACGGGCGAAGGACUCCUACAUUUCUCUCUCACCCUCACACGCCCACGCGAGCGUCAUAUCCUAUCCGCUGGCGAUCGUAACGAUUGGGAGCAAUAUGUCCAAAUUCAGCUCGAGCUUUCCCACCAGUGGUACUCCCAAGCCCUCGUCGGCUCGUCCAGAGUCCACUUCUCUGUCAACCACUACUAUCCCUUGCCCCCAGUCACCAGCUCUGGCCCAACGCUCGCAGCUCUCGAUCCGGUAGGCCCAGCUGCCGUAGAGGUACUCCAAGCACACCCGUCUUCUCGCCAAUCCCCUCCGAAGGAACCCGGCGUCGGCACCCACCACGAAUUCCGCUCUUUGCUCUGGGAGCCUCCAGCCGUCGACCUAGAAGAUAUCGCAUAUCUGCCUCAUGUCUUUGCAGAGGACACGCUGGCCCAAGACCACGCGCACGAGCCCGGGCUACAAAACGCGGAAAUGGAUGCAUCAGACGCACACUCAGUGGCCGCGCGAUCACCUUCCCUCUUCAGUGCCGUGUCCGCGCCGUCUCGCAGCAGCUCCACGUAUGGCCAGGUCGACUUAGUAGCCCGGCUGAUGCAGCGCGUCGAGGAACUGCAACGCGAAGUCAACGACACCCGCGCGGAGAUGGCUGCGAUGUCUUCGGAAUUACGAGCCAUCACGACAACUUCAGGUAUGCGCGCGAACACCUGA